GGGUUUUGUGUAUGAUAGCCGAAAUAACUUACAGAUGCGAGGCUUGGUUGUACUGCUUAUUUCCAAAGCUGCUGGACCCAGCACAGCAGACCUCUCUUUCCAGCACAACAUGGUCAGUGGAAUUUAUUCCAGUCAAAGAAGUCUGGCUGAGAUUACAGAACUGAUCCACACUGCCUUUCUGGUGCAUCGUGGCAUAGUGAAUAUUGGUGAGCUCAAGUCCUGCGAUGGCCCGCUGAAGGAUAUGCAGUUUGGAAAUAAAAUGGCUGUUUUGAGUGGAGAUUUUCUUCUAGCAAAUGCUUGCACAAGUCUUGCACAGUUGCAGAAUACUAAGGUUGUGGAGCUCAUUUCAAGUGCUAUUGGUGACUUAGUUCAAGGUAUAUAUUAUGAAAACUCAAAGUCAUCUGAGAACUGUCUUACAGAUGAUAUCUGCAUAUCCACUUGGAAGGAGCAGGUUUUCCUGUCACAUAGUGCCUUGCUGGCGAAGAGCUGCCAGGCUGCAAUGGAGCUAGCAAAGCACAGCACUGAGAUUCAGGAUAUGGCAUUUCAGUAUGGAAAACACAUGUCUAUGAGUCAUAAGCUACAUUCAGACCUUCAGCCAUUUGUUAAAGAAAGUUCUCCUGAAACUGUGGCCUUCAGUUUGAAUUCUGCUCCUGCAGUCCUCCAUCAGGAAUUCCUUGGGAGGGAGGCAUGGAUUAAACAGAUCAGAGAGGCACAAGGAAAAGGAAAUAUAAUGGACUACAAGAAGCUGCAGGGAGCGAUCAAGGCCGGCAAAGGUGUGACAUCUGCCAUCGACCUCUGCCGCUUCCACGGAAACCGAGCGCUGGCGGCCCUGGAGCGCUUCCCUCCCUCCGAGGCCAGGGCCGCCUUGGCCAACAUUGUCUACGCCCUGACCCGCUUUCCCUGA